GUUUGAAGAACUUUAUAUACCUUACUUAGAGUUGCUCUUCCCAAGGUUGACACAUUUCCAUCUCCAGCAAUUUCGAGUUAUCAUCCAACAUGGCUUUACCAUGGAUCUAUGCCGUUCGGAUCGCCCAAAUCAUUUUUGGCCUGAUCGUAUUAGCUUUGACUGCCUAUGUGGUCAGUACCUUCAACGGGUGGUCGUACUCCAGUACUGUGGAUUUCAACCUGUUCCUGGGCUGCUGGACAACAUUCCUAGCCACUCCUUAUCUGGCAGCCGCGCCGAUCUAUGCGCCACACCUCGCCCACCACUAUGUGAUUCCGGCUGUAGAAGUGAUCACAAUGAUCUUUUGGUUCGCGGGCUUUAUCGCCAUGGGUGCUGAAUUACCCCCCGCGGCCGGCUGCACAUACAGUACCUGUCGUGCCCUCCAAGCCGUGACGGUGUUUGGAUCUUUUGAAUGGGCCCUUUUCGUGGUAACCACUUAUUUCGCCAUUGUCGAUCUCAUGAAUCAUCGCAAUAGCGGCGAGACUGCCCAAAAGACUCAUAAUGCCCAUCUUGGAGUCUGA